UCACAUGGCUCAUUGUGCCUGCACUGCCAGCAGCCAGGAGCCAGGAGCCAAGAGCAGAGCGCCAGCAUGAACUUGGGGGUCAGCAUGCUGAGGAUCCUCUUCCUCCUGGAUGUAGGAGGAGCUCAAGUGCUGGCAACAGGCAAGCCCCCUGGGGCUGAAAUUGAUUUCAAGUAUGCCCUCAUCGGGACUGCUGUGGGUGUCGCCAUAUCUGCUGGCUUCCUGGCCCUGAAGAUCUGCAUGAUCAGGAGGCACUUAUUUGACGACGACUCUUCCGACCUGAAAAGCACGCCUGGGGGCCUCAGUGACACCAUCCCGCUAAAGAAGAGAGCCCCAAGAGCCCACGUCCUCAGGGAUGGUCCUGCCUUGGGACCUUUGCACUUGCUGUUUUCUGUAAUUGGAAUGCUCUUUGCCAGAAAGCUGCAAGCCUCGACCCUCUUUUCCUUCAAAUCCCUGCUUCAGUGUCACCACUGCAUCAUAGGGGACCUAUUUAAGGCGAAACCACAAUUUCUCCAAAAGCAUCUGGCCAGAUCUGUGCAAAUUCACCAACUACAGAAAGUGACAAGUUUCCCAAAAUAUGCCUAUUAACCUCGAGGAAUGAUUUCUCUUUUUGUCAUCAAAGUGGAUGAAGUUUUGUUUGCCUUGGGUUUGGCAGGCAGAAAACAACUUCCAGAUUGAGCUCUCCCCUUUACCCAGAAGCCACUGGCCUUCAGUUCCUUUCUAUGUUGCACAAGGAAGUGGCCCACCUUGCAGGCUUUGCUGAUGAGCUUUUAUACCUAUUUAAUUGUGUGAAUUGCAUAAACACAUGCAAUAAUUAGAGCAUAGUUGCUCUCUCAAUAAGUCUUCCAGAUGGUUCUUUUCCUUUCCAGAGAUGCACAGGUGAUUGAGCUGUAGGUGAGCAGUGACGUGAAGAGGGGUUCUAGCCCCGUGGAAAACAGCCCAUGGUUAACAUCUCAGGAUGUUCUGCAUUCAAACACCCAAGGCUGGUAAUGAACUUUCACAUGGACUGAAUAUUGGAGGCAAAUAAUAGAAGGAAUAGAAUAUACAGUGCCUCUGUCCUGAAGGAAAAUAUCAUGCCUCUUCUGGAAGAAACGGACUGCACAGAGGAAGGAUUGAGCAAUUUAGCCUGCAGUGGAAGAAGGUGGACACCAAAAGCUUCACCCUGUGUUGGAGCUGUUCAUGCUUCCAUGAGGGCAUGGUGUCCAUGUCCGUGGAACCUACCACAGAAAAUGGCUCAUGAAAAGGGGAAUCCGACCCAACACAUAGCUUCCUACACACUGCCAUCUUAUCAACAGUUAGGCACUACUUUGUAGAACGAUUAGCUUCACCCUCUUAGCUGCCAGGAGAUCCCUUCUUAAAGAUGGACUAUGUGAAGAUUCGGGAGUCCUGAAACAUGGGGACUCUGGGAUGGUCUCUAGCCCUAUCGAUGAUGAACGCUGGCCUUCUGGAGGGGAAAUGGCAGUCUGGGCUGGCGUGGUAGGAAGGGCUUUGGUGUUCAUGGAAUGGGCCUGCUGCUCUCAGACCUUCAAAGGAUGGAACCAACGAAGGACCAAAUGAGAAAGCAGAUGCUGUGCCUUGCAGAGGGCCAUGAACGUCAGUUAUUAUUUUUCUCCUUAUACAAUUAUUUUGUGGUUAUUAUUACAAUGUACAUGGCUGUUGCAUAGAAGACAUGACUGGUGGAGGCUGAGGAAAGCCAUGCCAUUCUACAAUUGCCAUCAGGCUAAGGCCCCAUGAGCAUUUCUCUCCCUUGUAAUAUUAACCCUGUAUUUCUGGGAUCACAUCACGGAAUAUUCUUUGCCUUUCCACUUUCCAGGAAAUCUCUCGGGCUGGGCUACCCUCCUUGUGUGUGAUGAAAGAUGAGCUAUAUUUCAGAACAAAGUGCUGUGUUGUCAUAAUUUGCCUGGACUCCCAGGGCGUCUCUUACCCAACUUGAUAAUGAUGCUGUUCAUUAGCAGCCUUUGUUAACUGAUAACCAAGAGCGGUAAUGUGAUACUCAUAAGCAAUUUUCUGUGUGUAGGAUAAAAUAAACCAUCUUGUAUGGGAUCUGCUAAUUGAUUUGCUUCCUUCAGCAGCAUUUUAAUUAAGACAUCUAGUUUGUGAAUGGCAGAAACACUUGUGAACUGAAGGUGAAUGCUCCUGGAAUUUCAGCCAUCGUUUUAUCUUCUGUACACACAGCAAAACCUCAGUGUUCUCUCCCCGACCCCACCUCAUGACAUAUUUUCCCAACACCACCACUGGACUCUGGUUUUGUUUUAGCCCCACACAAGGUUUCCCAAAUGAAGAACAGAGAGAAUUAUGCUGAAGGCCAGUGUCCUCUCCUUGGGUCAUAAACGCUGACAUCAUCUGGGAGGCAGAUGGGCAGGAGGCCCUGACAUUGAGGUCUCUCUGGCUUACCCUCCAAACCCAAGCUCAAUAUCUUCCUUCUGGAUGUCCUUCUAGUCCUAUUGGAAGCUCUUUGAAGCCCCCCUCAACAGCUCUUCUCCAUAAGAGUAGCUCCUGGGGAUGCAGGGUCCAAUGGGCAGUAGCUCUUGGAAGUGACUGAAAGGAGUCCUAACAAGCCAUUGGGUCUGCAGUGUAGCCUCAUGAGUCAGGGCCAUUCCAGCAUGGUUGCCUCACCCUGUGGUUUGACAGUAUGCUAGCAGAGGCCAGAGUCUGGACUAAGCCCCAUCCUCCCAGCCUUGUAAGUUCUGGGACCCUAGGACACAUACAGCUUCCCCCACACAGCCCACCACAGCAUGGAGAAUAUCAUGCCCUAAGGGAAGGGGACAAAUAGUUCUCAAAUGUCAGGAGGAAGAGUCAACCUGCACAGGGAAGCAGGUCGCAGAUGGCUGCAGCCAGCCAGGUUCUAAUGAAGUGGAUAUGGUUUAGGGCCUCCAGGAUUCAGUACGGGAAGGAGGGGAAGGUGAGAUGGGACAGGGUUAUCUGGCAAGGUCAA